GAGGCCGAAGUUCUGGCUGGCAGCGCUUGUCCGAGGGGGUGGCGGCAGUCCGCAGUCCCCGCGCGGUCUUCCAGGUGAGCGCGCCGGAAGAGCGGGUGCCAGAAACGGAAGGCUGUCAGCGGAGAUUGGAAAGAUGGCGCUGAAUGACAGCGUGGGCAUUUUGAGUUCGGCAUCUCUGGCCGUGGAGUACAUGGACUCGCUCAUACCUGAGAAUCCACUGCAAGAACCCUUCAAAAAUGCUUGGAACUCUAUGUUGAACAACUACACAAAAUUCCAGAUUGCAACAUGGGGAUCCCUCAUUGUUCACGAGGCCCUUUAUUUCCUCUUCUCUUUACCUGGAUUUUUGUUUCAGUUUAUACCUUUCAUGAAGAAGUAUAAAAUUCAGAAGGAUAAAACAGAAUCAUUGGAGGGCCAGUGGAAGUGUUUUAAAGUGCUUCUCUUUAAUCACUUUUGUAUUCAGCUUCCUUUGAUUUGUGGAACUUACCAUUUCACAGAGUAUUUCAAUAUUCCUUACGACUGGGAAAGGAUGCCAAGAUGGUAUUUACUCAUGGCACGGUGCUUUGGCUGUGCAGUGAUCGAGGACACUUGGCACUAUUUCCUGCACCGGCUCUUACACCACAAAAGAAUAUAUAAAUACAUUCACAAAGUGCAUCAUGAGUUCCAGGCUCCGUUUGGAAUGGAAGCUGAAUACGCACACCCCCUGGAAACGCUCAUUCUCGGGACAGGCUUCUUCAUUGGAAUCGUGCUUUUAUGUGAUCAUGUCAUUUUACUUUGGGCGUGGGUGACUCUUCGUUUGCUAGAAACCAUUGAUGUCCACAGUGGUUACGACGUUCCCCUCAAUCCGUUGCAUCUCAUCCCUUUCUAUGCUGGCGCUCGGCAUCAUGAUUUUCACCACAUGAACUUCAUUGGAAACUAUGCCUCAACGUUUACCUGGUGGGAUCGAAUUUUUGGGACAGACUCUCAGUAUGUUGCCUACUAUGAAAAGGUGAAGAAAUCAGAGAAAAAAACCGAAUAAUAUCUCCGAGGCGAAACCAACCCUGACACCCACCUUUUCCUGACUCAGCGCUAGUAGCAAGGGUUGUAUCUGGGGACCAGAAAUAAAAUGUCUGAGCUGCUAAGUGAUAAAAAGAAAUUAACCCUUUUAUUCUCAUCCAAGUGGGAACUUUUUCCCCUUUACACACAAAUCCUGUAUGUGUAGAAAGAAGGAAAUAUUUAAUAAGUCUGACUUUUUCAUGAAGAGUUUUUGUAAAGAUUGUGUUUCUAACCUUACAGAGAGGUUUUAAGUAAUGGAAGAAGUAUUAAUCUAUGACUUUGCUCCUGUGGUAAAUACCUUAAACCUAGAGUUGAAGUGGGUUUUUAUGUCUUUUAAGUACAGAGUGGUCACAAAUUCUUAAAAAUCAUGGUGACUUUGUACUGAGCUUUAAAAGUGUUUUUUUAGAAUCUGCCUAGAGAUGAUGUGGCGAGGAAUAGCCAAUGGGUGGAACUCUACUCUUGCUUCUAACUGACCAGUGUGAGUGGUUUUCUUUCUUUGAGAAGCCCUUAUUUUGAUUGUAGUGGCACCUGUAAGUUAAAGCAUUCUGAAUUAGUGUACAUGAUGUGUUUUAGUCUCAAGAUUUUCAGGUAAUUGGAAUUUUUUUUUUAAAAGUUGGGUCUUAUUUCUGCGAUGGACCAUUUCAUUUUUGCCUAUCACGUUUUCAUCAAACUAAAGCUGUAUCUUGAAACUUUGUAAACUGACUUGCUGUCUUUGCACUUUGAAUUAUUGAAAUAAAUGUGAUUUUUUUGAUCUAAUUAUCAAGUUUCCGGUUUUGAACAUGAGCUGUCUCACCUUUUAUUCUGAUAAGAAAAGUGACAAAUCCUUAUAUUGUUGAGCUUUACAAUAAAAGGACAAAUUAUUUUUUAAGUGCUGCUUUUGCUAAAAUAAACUUUUUUUGGCAGUUUGA